AUGCAAGAUUACUCAUCCACCACGAUCUCCAUGCUUAUACUUCUACCAUUAGUGGCUGUCUUCGCAGUACUUGGUAAUGGGUUCGUUCUUUGUAUCAUUGCCCGGUUUAAAAAGUUUCGCAUCUUUCCAAACAUUCUGAUUGCUAAUCUAGCGUUGAUCGAUUUACUCAGCGCGCUCAUCAACGUACCUAUGUACCUGCUUUGGGGUGUCCUUGAUGUGAAAUGGUUUACAGGGAAGGUUUUGGCGAUUAUUUCGCUUUUUAUGACCUGCCUCUGUCUCCAUCUCAACUUCGUCUCCAUGUUGGUUCUGCUCGUAAACGUGUUUCUGGCGAUAGCACUGGACUUAAAAUGUUUCACAUGGAAGACGAAUAAAAAAGCUAUGAAAAUAGCCCUUGUAGAGUGGAUGGUCUGUUAUAUUGCAACUGUUUUGUUGCCGUGGUUUGAUUCUAGUAUCGACCUUCAGGAAGCUUCUGUUUACAGAUAUCGGCGCACCAUUUUAAUAAAAUCCAGAUAUGGCUUGAUAGCGAUCCUCUCAGGGUUUACUUUCGCUACAGUUGCUAUCGGCGUCCUUAUUUAUUUCUCAAUCCAAAGGAAGAAACGGCAGGUGAGAUCACAAGUUUAAUCAUUUUUCUAUUUUAUUUUUUAGGAAUUCUCCUCCAAUCUGGAUAACGGAGUGUCAGGCCCACUAGAAUUUGGACGGUCUUGGAGUAUGUUAUUCCCAGAUUCCCGCAUGACUUAUGAUGGAAGCUUGCAAUUGAUCAAAACCUACAACGUUUAUAGCUUAAUAAAUUUCAUUGGUUCUUAAAGCAAUGACAUAAAACGAAAGCAUUUUAAUGUUUUAGGUUGUAUUGCAAUAAUAAUCGCAUAUUUUUAUUUUGUAUCUAUAAUAUAUCUUAUCAAGUUGUAAUUAAGAGAAAAGUUUGAUUUUAUGAUUCAUGGUUUCUGCCAAAUUUCAGGGAAACUGGAACAUAAGCCUUAUUUUAACCACAUGUAAAAUCUAUUGCGUAGAUUCAAUAUUAACCUGAUUAUCUAUGGCAUUUUUUCAUAGAGAAAGCGGUUUAAUCUGCCUCGACUCCAAGCUGAGGCCAGGCUUCAACUGGACGUCCAGGCUGCCAAAAGUGUCCUCAUUACUGUACUGGCAUUCCUAGUGUGUUACAUUCCUCCUCUCUUCAUUGCAAUCUUGGGUCCACCCGAAACCGAUGCCACAAAUAUGGCUUACCCUCGACAAAUAGUUUUCCUUUUCACGUUCCUGUCCGGUGGGAUCAAUCCUGUCAUCUUAUGUUUUCGAGCUAAAAGGUUUCGCCGCGCACUGAAACAGCUCCUUCAAGAUCCCUUCGGAAAAACUACUUUCCAAGAAACCGAAAAAGAGCAUAGAGUCAAACAGAUUGGUGCGUACACGAAUGAAUGUGAGGCUGAAAAAGGCAAGGUGAGGCACGAUCUUGUAGCCUGCUCAUUCAAGACCUACACAGAUGAAAUGAGUCUCGGAGUACAAAGCUAUAAAAAGAAGAAAAAAAGUGAAUACGCGGAUAUGGGGAGAAGAACGGGCUCACGUAGAAACCAGACCACGCCCUUCUUAUCACAAGACUCUCCGCCUCAGAUCAACUCACUCGUAGCAUGGGUUGACCACUAUCCCGCAGACACUGCAGGGAAAAGUUCUGAAGAAGGAAGUUCAACGUCCAGAGAGGAUUACACACAACAUGAAAUAACUGUAGAGGUACACCAA